CCUCCUGGGGAUGCUGGCCAAGACAAGUGCUGUUACUGGUGCGCUCUUGGAUGUGCCGUGAUGCUUUUCACUGUCUCUAAAAUCAAUCUUCCAGUGACCUGAACAAAGAUUUCUCCUACAAUGACGAGUUUUGCCAGGCCUCUGCUUUUCUGUGGAAGUUAAUGGAGCAGUUUCUCUCAAUGUAAGAAGAAAACCGAGAGAGCAGUGCAGGAUUGCUGGAAAGCCUGCAUCCUCAGAGUCAUUUUAAUACCUCAAUGUCUUCCCCUGCCACCCUGUCAGCCACAAGCCUGUCCCCGUUGGGCUGGGAGGGCAGGUGCCCAGCCUGGCCUGAGCGCCAUCUCCCUCUGAGGGAGCAGAGCCCUCCCAGGCUGAGCUCCGAUGGACACGGGGAUUGGCAGCUGCCGAGGGUGGACAUGAGGGCACGGAACAACCGCACGUGAUUGAGGUGGCGGCUCUGGAGAUGGUGCUGUCUAAUUAAUGAGCUCACUGCUAGACAAGGGAUAAUUCAAUUAAAACGUAAGGAGAGUAAAUAGUCUGUGCUUACACGCGCUCCUGCUGCAUUUGCUUGUUUAAUAAGGUGAACUUCUUGCGAUUGCGGUGAAACUCAGCAAUAUUUCCCCCACUGCUGUAAUGCCCAGCGUGUGUGCAUGGACACAUUUCAGUGAGGACGGCUCAGAGGCAAGGACAGGUCGUUGCCCGGCUGUCCUGUGACCAGGAACCGUGCAGACAAAUGUAAAAGCAGCGAUAAGGAGUAUGAAAAUAUGGAAAUGUAAUUGUCAAGUGCAGAGUCUGUUGGGGAAGAGGGAGAGAGGAGGAGGACAGUGUUUCUUCCAAAACACGCGUCUGCCAAGUACCUGCAUACAGUUAUCAGUGACUCCUGUCAUUUCCCCUGAAGGUAGCAGAGGGCAUCACCAGCUCAGAUGUGGUCGGAGUCUUUAGUCACCUCAUCUACUUCUACAACUUCAAUUUCCAUCAAGAGCAGUCCCUUUAAAAUAAAUAGACUGACCUUCCUUCAUGCUUGCAAAUUCAGAAGUUCACAGUUAUCCACUGAAAAAUGCCAAAAGGUAAGGAAUGGUGGAAAUGUCUGCUGGUCAAAAGCCCAAAUGGAGUCUGUGGGAAACAGAGUGUCUUGGGUACAGUAGGGUGUGCAGAUAAAAUGACAGUGUCUUGUGCGGGUUUGAUGAGAAAUCCAUCGGAAUAAACAGGAACAAACUGUGAGUCUAAAGUUGUUCUACAUCUGUCUGAGAGCAGUACUAAGGAAGUCAACAUUUCCCAAUCAAUUCUCCCUGAAAUUGUGAAGGCUGUGGCACGACGCAGAGCUUUGGAGAGCAACUCGUGCUGUCUGCAUGACAUCCAGGAAGGGAGAUGAUAAAAUGACGUUCUGUUUAUUGAUAUCUGUCUGGGUGUGAUCCCGGGGAUAGGGGGUCCAAUAGCUGUUACUGAUAUUCCUUUUCUCCUCCCUCCGCAAGGGCUGAUGUUGUUCCAGCAGGGAAGUCCUGGUGGCUUUCAGAACAGCAGAAUUGGUGGCAAUUACUGCAGGUGACAAACUAGAGCCAGCAACUUCUUGGUGGUGGGGUUUGUACCUGGGUUUUGUCAACAUUUGCUUUCUGCACCUAUUCCAUAACACCACAAUUAGUUUAUUGGUUAAAUCACGAGGGUCAAAGAACUGAGCUGUGCAUCAGCGCUUGCCCACACUUGCUGAGUUUUUCAAUUCACUGUUUCUCUUCCAUUUUCUGCCUCUGUAAAAUGGAAACUUCAUAAAAAAAAAACCCCAACAACCUACCCAAGGCUCCCAGAUGGCCCCUGAAUUUGAAGCUGGGACAUUUUUAUGUGUCUUACAUUAUUUAUAAUUUUAUCUUCCAAGCAAUUUUAGUUAAAACUAUGGGGUUUUUCCAUUUUGAGUGAAUGAAUGUUGAUAUCCACUGGGAACUGGUCCCCUAUUUGAGUUAAAGGAGAGCACACAAUCACUGUUUUUUUUUGUUGUCGUGAAGAACCCAGAGCUUCCCAGGAGUGGAAUUCUGGAGCAGACUAACACGUGUCUGCUCUCAUCAGUGUAGAACAUGCACAGUGUUUUUCAGAGUCCUUAGCUUCAAUUGCUGAGAAAUAGGGAUCAUUCAGUGCAAGUCUUUUUUAGCUUAGAUUUUCAGUUUUUCCUAUUCUCCAUUCUCCAGUUGAAAAUUUCCUGUGUCGGGUAACUGUUUAACAAUAUGUUCCUAACUCUCCAUUAUGUCCUGCCUUUCCCUCUUUUAGAUGAAAGAGCCAUGUGAAAAACGAAUUCACCAACCCCUGUGACUAAAUUUGAGUGAUAAUGUCAAUGGAAUUAGCACGUUGCCAUUGUUGAGUGGUCUCCUACGGCUGUGUAAACACCGAGUACCCGUCCCGUGUGGAUGCAGAGUAUCCCGUGUAAGGAGCUGCCCUGGGACUCUGCCUCAGGAAUCCCAGCUGCGGAUCUGCUUGUGCAACUGGAAUGGCCGGGAGAAAGCUAGCUGUUAACUAGUCAUGGGUAAUUAAUGACUCUACCUUCCCCAUCAGUCAUCUGGGAAAAGCCAAAAGGAUCUGAGUCCUGGGAGCAGAUGUGUGUUCUCCAGACAGGCUGAUCUGCAGUGUGCAAAUGGGGUGGCAGCGGGAGGCCCGCUCCUGCCCUUUCCGAAGAAGCAGUAAGUCAUGAUCCACAUCCCACGCUCUCAGGCGAAGCCUGAAAUUCCCAGCGCUGCUGCUGCUGUUGUGCAGUCCUGUUCUGUGUGGGAUGUUGAUCCAUCUCGCUGCUAGCUCGGAUCUGACCCAAUUUUUGCUUUAUUUUUCCUUUUUGAGUUCUGAUUAUGGUUGUGUUUUUUCUGCUUUCUACAAUUAAAAUCCUAGCGUUAGAGAAGCGGGGUGUGGAGGGGGCAAAUCCGAUACUGGCUUUCCUUUUGUAGCAGAGCAGGAAAGCAUUUCUGCAUCUUCUUUUGUUUGUGUCUGAUAGCGGCUGUGCAAGUACAAGCAGAGGAGAUUUGUCCCUGGUACCACAUUCUGCUGAUCUUUUCCCUUCUGAUUUAUUUUUCCAUUGAUGUAAUAAAUAAUCGCCAGUUGAGCCAUGAGUUGAUGUUGCUUACCCACCUGAUAGUCUCCUUCACAGCUCUGAUGUCCCCAGGUUAGCUGAGGGAGACGCCUGUGGUCUUCCACAUUACCCACCAGAUGCAAAAGGAUGUUGGGAAGGCUGGAUGUAGCUUUCAAAGGUGGCGGGAGCCAGCGAACCAUCUCUUGCUAUAAAAUCCUCAACGCUUCUCAGGCUCUCCAACAUGUUUCAUCUAGAUGUUCAUCCUUCCCCCACUAAGCAUUGGGUUUUCUCUCCCUGCCUAGUUCUCGGAGACCUAAAAUUCCAUGUACUAUUGAAAAGCAGCCAGUCCUCUCUCUGAUCAAACUCCUCUGUCCUCUGCGUGUCCUCGCUUUGCUGGCUCCAAAAGGCAGUAAAAGCAGAACUAAAGGGAUGUUCGGUUAGAGAACCUCUCUAAAUAAAUUCAGGAUGUUUUGCAUGUCAGGCUGAAAAUCAGAUGUGCCAGUAACAUCGCUGAGAAAAGAAACAUUUAUGUUCUAAGGAGCAAAUCUAGACCAUGAAUCCCUGCAGCCUUAGAGCAGUGCCCUUGGAGUGAGCAGAGCAGGAUCUCACUGCACCCAUGGAGACUGAUAUCCUGCUCUGUUCCUCCUGUCUUGGCUCAUCUUUGACCUUAGGUGUUAGCAUGACCAUUUCUGCACAGGGAUGUCCAGAGUUCCCCUCCUCAGGGGUAGCGGCUCUUUGUGCCCUGAAGGACUAGACUUGAUUGCUGUCUCUUAGCACUUGUAAGCAGCGGUAAGUACAAAAGCUAAUGGUCACACUUGCAGAAUAAACUAAUUAAGGAAAAAUGCUCAGGUCAGGUUCUGCUCAGCCUUCAGCAAGAGCAGAGCCUUGGACAAAGCCUAAACCGCUCACUGUCUGAUGCCAGGGAGACUCCUGGACCGCUUGCACUGGCCUGGGAGGUGCAAGCUAGGAGUGGGAGUCAGUAACUGAUGCGCUGGGUCACUGGGCAGGGGCUGCCUUCCCUCGUGAAGCUCCAGUGGGAAGGCCCUGUAUAAAGAGCAGCCUUGGUUCUGAGCUCCAGAGCUGGCAUGGUGGAGCAGGGACCCUGCUGGAGAAGAACAACGCGGGAGGAAAAUUAACUGAUUGGUUAAAUGAGUGCGGGUAUUGGGUAGGCGAGCAGUAUUCCACCAUCAAAUGUGUUUCUGUUAGCAGAGAAGACCUCUGAUAGGGAAUGAGCGUGUUGCACCUUCCCAGUUGUGAGGGCAAACUUCACCACAGACUGUUAAUGACCCACGUGAGGAGGACCAACUUGAUGCAGUCCUGAGAACAGAGACCAGGCGUGCAAGGGCUCUGUGCUCUGGAGUGAAAACUGGAUCAAAUCCUUGGAAUGGCCAGAAGGAAUUCUGUCCUGCUUGCUGUUGAAGGGAUUUUUUUAUUUAUUAGCCCCAGCCAUCGCUGCAGAUCCUUCCUCUCUUUGUCCCUUUGGACAUCAAAGGCUCGCAGGGGGACAGCCCUGGCAGAAGCUCCUCCCUGCUCAUUAGCCUCCAUAAAGCAGGAACUCACCUUGGCUGCCCUGGGCUCCCAUCCUCAUCCCGCUCACUCUUGACACUGGAGCUCAGAGGGAAGGACUAUUCCUGGCCUCGGAGCAUCAGACCUGCUUUGGAACUGGACUAUUUCAGCUCCCCUCAUAAGAACUCUGGUGGCUCUCUCGGCCGUGCGAGUUCCUGGACUCCACAGUACAUGGAAAAAUGCAAGCGCUACCAGACAUGAAAGCGCCAUGUGAGGCAGUGCCUUCCCCGAGCCUGGAGCCCUACCCGCAAAGCUCCAUUGUGGUCACCCUCGAGGACAUGGCCCUCUGGAUGAAAUUCCAUCAGAUAGGAACAGAGAUGAUCAUCACCAAAUCUGGCAGGCGAAUGUUUCCCCAAUGCAAAAUCAAAGUCUCCGGCUUAAUCCCAUACGCCAAGUACCUCAUGCUGGUAGAUUUUGUUCCAAUGGACAACUUCAGGUACAAGUGGAAUAAAGAUCAGUGGGAAGUUGCUGGAAAAGCAGAGCCGCAGCUCCCUUGUCGCACCUACAUCCACCCCGAUUCCCCAGCUCCCGGCAGCCACUGGAUGAAAGAACCUGUCUCCUUCCAGAAACUGAAGCUCACCAACAACACUCUGGAUCAACACGGGCACAUCAUCCUCCACUCCAUGCACCGUUACAAGCCUCGCUUCCACAUUGUGCAGGCAGAUGACCUCUUCAGCGUCCGCUGGAGCAUCUUCCAGGUCUUCAGCUUCCCUGAAACUGUCUUCAUUUCUGUGACUGCCUACCAGAAUGAGCAGAUUACAAAGCUCAAGAUUGACAACAACCCAUUUGCUAAAGGUUUCCGUGAGCAUGGGAAGAACACUCGAAGGGAAGGACGAGCCAAGGGCCAGAAGCCCAGUCCAGCCAAGGGCCAGAAGAGGAAGCUGCCAGAGGAGAAGGAGUCCAGAGCUGAGGAACGUGAUUUUGAGAAAGAGGAGACUGCAGAUGUGAAGGAGGAGAGUAACCCUGUGGUGGUCAGCAGUGGAUUCCCCUUCUGGGUCGUGGAGCAGAACGGCAGCCAGGCCUUCCCCGCAGCGUCGCCGGUGCCGGCUGAGCAGCGGGACGGGGUGGCGAGGGAGCAGCAAGUGCCCACACCAUCCUACCAGAUGUAUCGGUUCCAUGAAGCCGGCGACAGCCAGCAGCUUCCCACCCGUGACGCCACAACCUUGAAUGAUUUCCGGGCAAGGUGCCACCCCUUGGAUCUCGCCACGGUGCCUGAGCACGACUCCAAACAGCUCCCAGAGGGCUUCACCAACCUGCCACCGCUGCCCCCGCCUCUGCCUCCUCCCCAGGACUACACAGGAGUGGUGAACAUGGCUCUAGACUCUGUCGGGAAACCUGCGGCCCGGGCGCCCGUGUACAGUCCCUACGGCACCGAGCAAGGGCUGGGCCAGUGGAUGGUGCCUCCCCACGGCCAAUACAGAGCCAUGAGCUACUCGGCCUUCUCCACAGAUUACAACGCCCAGGGGGCUCCGGGACACGCGCACGGGACCGUGGCAGAGUGGAGCCAGUACCCGCUGUUCCCCUACGCCUGCUGGUGAGCAGGGAGACCCUUCCUGAUGAAAAAACUGAAAGAACAUUGUAGAUUUGAUCAGAUUUGCUCUGGAGGUGACUUCUUGAAGCCUUGCCUACGUGAGGUAAAGAGGUAUUGCUGCAAGCGGUAGCCUGGGACAUCUUCACUUCUUUGUCUCCUUGCACAACCCACUGUGUUUCACAUGCAGCCGCAAAACCAGCAGCUGCCCCGGCACUGUCAGUGCGGGUCUGGCUGAAUCAAUGUGUUCUGCAGUGCUUUUUUCCCCAACAGGAGUAGGAAAUCACAGGAAUUGUCAGAGCGGGAUUUAAAAAGCUGCCCAGGUCUCAGUCCCGGACUUUUGCACCCCACCUUUGGCAGUUUCCAGAAUCCCUUCCUCCCAGGACUUGCAUGCAAGGAGAUCGGGGCUGGGGAGUUUCCGUAAGCUAUGCCGGUGGCUGAGGAGCUAUAGAGACUUAAGCAAAAUGAGCAAGCUCAGUGCCCCCAUGAGCAGUUCCCUCACUUAGUAUAGUCAGACUAAAGCUAGAACCUUGCCUUUCCUCCAGCAGCAUAAGAGAGUGAAACACGCAGCGACGUGUGUGUGUCUGGAGCAUGUGGUGGGUUGUGCAGGCAGGGAAGUGUUUGUCCCACGCAGGAGAAGUGUUGUGGCUGCAUGUCCCCUAUGCCCAUCCCUCUUCGGUCAUCCAAGAUUCGCAGUCAGUGAUGCACGCUGCUUUCUGCCGGUGGUGGAAGGAGGUUGUUCACAAUGCAGGGGCUGCUCUGGGUGUUUCUAAAGCCCUGGGGCUGUCAAAAACGGUGCCGAACAGCAGUGCUGGCUGUGUCACUCUGACCUCUUCCUUUCCAGGGAAAGGAAAUCUCUCACUGUGAACUUCUUCCUUGUUCCAUCCCCUGCCGCCCCGGGGAGUACAACUCGCCGUCACGGUUGCUGUGCUGCACUCUAGCAAGCUCUGCCAAUGGGCCGUUCUCCCCAGCCUGGCCAGCACGCACCCACUGUAAUUAACACCCUGCAGGCACUAAGCUGUCUCGUGGUGCGCUCAGCACCUCCCAAAGUAAUCUUGCCACUGUCUAGGAGUCCGAAGGGAUCUCUUUCCGUGUUUUGUUAUCAGAGCAGUGUCACUUCCACUACGGCUGCGAUCCCAUUGCGUGCAGGAGCUGAUCUGCCCACCGCCUUGCACAGAGGAGUGCGUUUGAUCUUCAUGUUAGGAGGGGGCAGCAUCCCUGUUUGCCCAAGAGGCAGAAUGGCCCUGGAAGUGGGGUCUUGUUGGAGAGGCUCUGUGCUUCUCAUGGAGGACAGACAUGUUUCCAGGUGUUAUUUAGGGGAUGUUUUCUCAUUAACACUUUAAAUAAAUGGCUGCAUGACCUGUAGCCAUUGGAGCAGACCUGGGCAAGUUUGUGACCACUGGUGCAUCAGGACUGUGUGCGGGGACAUUGGAGAAGGCUGCACACUGCUUUGUUUGGGUACCAGGCCAGCACUGAGCACAUGUGUAGUGUAGAGGUGUCGAGCUGUGUUUAGUAUUGUUAAAAUUACUUCAAGUAGCCCUACAAAUUUGUGAAACUCAACCGCAGUGGCUCCUUCCUUAUUUAAAUAGUGUAUUUUGUACCACAAUUAUGAUAUGUAACAAAGCCUGGUGCUUCGCCCUCGGCAUCACAGGACGGGUGUGACCUGUGUGGUGUUUCUUUCUGUAAAGGUCAGGCUUCCCCAGAGUGUGUGCACAAUACCCCACAGCCUCGCCUCCCCUAGCGCCCUGGCCAGCAGGGAUGGGGACCUGCCGUGUAGGACAUGCAUAUGGAUGCAAGUGACUCUGAAAAGAAAUGUGGCUGGGCAAAAAAAAGUGGAGGAUCUUGUUUUGAAUCCAAGAAUGUUGUGCUCUCCUGCUGCCCAGAUGCUGGCUCUGUGAGGAGAGGGGGGCUGGAAGAGGCUGUGAUAGAGGAGGAGAGAAGCAUUUCCUCUCUCACCAUUAGGAGAUGAUUUUGCCACCGUUUUCCCCUCUUUGAAAUCAGAUGAGAAGGUGGGUUAAGGAGUUCAGUGCCUGGAGUCCAGUGCGUAGGCACCCUGGGGGCACCAGGCAGUCCUGGGACCCCAGCGUCAUCACUGCCAGUGCCACACUGACAAGACAACAGAGUAGUGCCUUACCCACAGGCCACUCGGUUAGAGCCCUUUCUUUCUCUUUGAGGUGGGGUUGUGUUUCCCUCUGUCACCGGGUGCUGAGGAUGAAAACCCUGCUGCGAUGAGCGUGAGUGAGUGUGGCGAGCUGGGAAGCACAGGGGAGCUCCUGUGCAAACACCGGUGUCCUGUGCUUCAUUCCAAGCACAGCAGAGCUGGUUUGGCAGACGGCUCUGCAAUAGGGCAAAAGGCUCGGCCUUGUGCCUAGGGAGAGCCAGUAAACACUCACCAGACUUCUGUUGGAACACGACUUCUUGCUGUACUCGGUGACUCACACAGCUCCUUAGAGGGGUGCCUGCGCUCCUUAGAGGAGUGCCUGUGCUCACUAGAGGGGUGCCUGUGCUUUCCUCUCUGCAGUCUGUGGGUCGAGGCUGCAGCUGCCUGGCUUGAGGAGCUGCUGGAAACGCUGCUGUAGGUGUGUGCUGUGCUGCUGCCUCUGCCUUUUGAGCUCCCACUGCCUUGUUUUCUCCAGCCGUGGCAUUUGAAACUCUGUUUGAGCUUGACUGAAAAGCUGUUUUUGCGCACAUGUGAGAUUAUUGAAGCUCUCAGAGAGGCAUUACAUUAAGGGCAAAGAGAUAUGCGGAAGGCCGGCCAUGAAGACCAAUAAAAUAAAUGCUGAAGUGUGGGGUUUGUGCAUCUCUCUCACGCGCAUCAGUGGCUCCACUUUAGUCCUGGUACCUGGGGCCAGUCUGUACAUGCGUGGCGCAUGCUGUUGAUCUUUGUUUGUUGUUCUCCAAAGCGCGUUCUGGGAGCCCCAGGUUAUCUGCUUGCCUUGCUAGAUGUGACUCAGGCUCUUGUACGAAUUCUUUGCAGCAAACUGUUUAUUUUCUCUGCAUUUUCUGUUCCUCUCCUGCAGAGGAGUUAUAUAAGGAUGAGGGCAAAUGGACUAUAAAUGGGAUCCAAGGAAAUUUCCUUUGGGAAAUAAAGAUCCUGGUUUAUUUUAGUUUCUCCUACUGGUUUUUUGCAGCCUUAAGCUUCUCCUGACACUGCUUCAGUGCAGAUGGGAAUGGCAGAAGAAUGCUUUCCUGCCAGCAUUGCAGUUCUUGCAGAGAUAGAUGCAUCCUGGUGAGUGGCUGCAGGCUCAGGAGAGGCGCCUGGAGCUGCUUCCCUGCAGCGUGGCAAAGUGCUCCCAUCUCCCCAUGCCUCGCAGAAGGCACGUUGAGUCCGCAUGGGGUGCAGGAGCCUGUGUGGCCCUAUGCUUGUACCCGCCCGGUCACCCUCUGACUCUGCAGAAGGGACUACCAGCUGGUUUCAGCAAGAGCUCAGCCUCAGGGCCCAGGUGGCUUCGUGCCUGUGGUGGAGGGUGGGGAUGGCCAGGGAGCAGCAGUUCCAUGCCCAGGUGGGCUGGGGCACUCACAUCACCCCACAACUGCACUGAGCAGGACUCAUGUCUUCCUUCUGGGCUGACCCUACUGCCCAGCAUGGUGUGUCCAUCAUUUGGUCCCUGGAGAGCCUCCCAGGAGCCUGGGGCAGGGAGUUCCCUUGGCCAGGCUGUGCACUGAGUCACCUUGAGCAAAUCCAAGCAAGCAGCACAAACCCCCUUCCAGGAACAACAUUCUUCAAGUCAAAUGGUUGUUUAUUGCAGAGCUUAAAAGCCACUUAAUUCGGAGCCUCAGGUUGGGAUCCCAUAGAGAGCCUCUUAGGGGGGGAUGCAGCAUUUGGCUGACAACAACAAACAGCAGCUUGGACCGGCACAAAGCCAAACGCCUCCUCCCCGGGAGCCGGGAGCUGCUGGCCCCUCUCCCUGCUCAUCAGCAGCCAAAUGUGCGUGUGCAGGUGUCUGCACUUUCCUGCUCCUCCUCAGCCUCCACUGAUUGUGUAAAACGGCUAAGAGAAGAGAGGAGGGGUGAACUGCCCAGGGCCAGCUGGAGAGGGGAGGACAAAUGUCCCCAGAGCACAGGGAGGGGUGGGAUGUUGUGUUUUCCCCCUGUGCCCCAGGCGAUGCUGGCCCCAAAGCCACCCCUAGGUUAGCUGCUUGGGUAGGAGCUGUGGGGUGCCCAUUUGUGCCUGUUUCUCCGGGCUCGGUUCCCGGUUGCUCCAGCCGCUGGAAGCGGGUGAGCCCCUGGCCGGGCUCCUCCAGGUCAGCUGGUUUUACUGUUGUGCUUUGCGGAGACAGAGUGAGGUUAAAGCGUGGCUUCGAGAUGUUACAGCACAUCUCAGCUGGAGAAACCCAGGCCACGUCCUGCCCAUGUGCCCACUAAUGGCCCUGUCCCCAUCCGCUUGCCUCACACUGGAGCAAAUGUGCUCGGUGUUUAAAAGGACUCCAUCGAUCUGUGAUGUUCUGAAGGCCUCACAGGGCCCUGCUUCCUUUGAAGUGCAAAAGCAUCUGUGAGUCCUGCUCCAUUUGUGUUGGCUGGCAGGGACAGCCCGGGAAGCCCCUUCAGCACUCGCAUUUUGGGGUGCACGGGGACUCCCUACCACAGGGAGAGGGGAAGUGAGGACAAAGGCGUGAAGCUUGAGUCUAGGUGGGGGUUGAGCUCAAGGUGCUCGGGAUGGAGCUGUUCCUGCAGGCCAGGUUCCAGUACUCCAGUCUUUGGGAAUGCUUUGCCACAUGUUUUUCUGGGGUGGGUGCAUUGAUUAGGAAUGAGGGGAAAAAGCUCCUGGCUCCUUCCCACGGUGGUCCUUGGCUCCUUGUGCCAGGAAGCACUGAGUGAUGAAGAAAAAAGGAGAGACCUGGGCUGCUUUGGAUAAUCCACCAUUCAGGAGCUGGAUUGCAUGGGUGGGGGGAAGGACGACCAGCACCUGUGAGGGUCUCUGGUGUGCACUUGAAUGUUGUUGGAAUGUAACCCAGUCCCUGCUUGGUGUGUGGGCAUCUUGACCUGCGAUUCUCUCCAUCCCACCUCCCUGGACAGCAGGACUGGCCCUGUGCAGGUUGCUUGUCCCUAUUGGGAUGUUUUCAUGCAGGCACUAGAGUGACUGUGUUUCUGGAGCCAGAACUCCAUGGCUCCUUGGUUAUCCCUGGGGCAGUGGUGGGAGAGUGGAAGAGACAAAUCCAGGCCUGGAUUGCAGGGGCUGCCCACAGCUGUCCCGCACCUCCCGGAUGGAGCACUGGGUUUCCAAUUUCAAUAGGGCCUCAGCAGAGCGGUGGUGGCACCUCACUGUUGGAGGCAGUAAAUGGGCUCCCAUCUGGUUUUAAUGAUCAGUAGCACUUUGGUGCUUGUUUAUUCCCAUGCUUUAUGCCUCAGCAAUAAAACACUGCAUCAGUUUGUUCAAUCUAUCCUGGUGCUGGAUGAAGGUGGGUUCACAGCCUCUCACAAAGAGGUCCCAGCGGUACGCAGGAUGUUGGGCUUUUAGACAGCUGGGCAGAAUCAGAUGAUGUGGCAGCAAUUAGUUUGAAAUACGAACAUCAGUGGGCAGUGUAGAAGGUAGGGAGGGCAGCUCAUCAUGUGCCUGGCAACGAAACCUUGUCCUUGGCUGAAAGCAGGACACACUUGGUUCUGGAGCUGGAGCUGUUCUCCCUUCUGUCCUCCAGGACUAAUAUUAUAUUGAUCUAAGAAGGAAUCUGUUUGUGCGGGGCUAUGGACAUCUCUGGUGUCACUCCCUCUGCCUCGCACACACGUGCCACCUGCCCAGCAUGUCUGGGAGCAGAGACCCUGUCCACGGGCAGGCACUGAGGAGCAGCUCAUCCUCCAAGAGGAUGCACAAGAACUGCUUGCAUGUCUCUGGCAGUCGGUAUCUGGGGAUCUUGCAUCAUUUUUGCAAAUGCCAGUGAAGCUUUUCAGCAGGUCUAAACAUGACUGUCCUGCGGGAGAGGUGGGGACGCUCAGGGAAAGAGAGAUGAGAGACAGUAAGCCCAGAAGGGAGAAAGGGGCUCUUUGUCUCCCUUCUGACUUUUAUAGAGACUUGGAAACUUUAUGCUUUCACAUCUUCCAUUUGUCUUCUACCUUAGUGGUAGAGGAACAGUCUCUGCCACUUGAUUUCCCAGCAGGGUACUCCUUGGAGGAGCUGUAACUCUUGCCUCCAAAGAAUGUUGAUCUUCAGCAGCGAUCCCUUUUCCCAACUGUUAGUCGAGGCCUGGAGCUCAAGGUUGGCAGUUAAGGAGAGAAGAAUUUCAGCAAGCAAAUGAUCCCGCAUCCCAGGCUGAUCAGGGUCCAUUCCCUCUGUGACAUUGAUGUUGCAUUUGUGCUAAUUUCCCUUGGAAGUUCUAAUGCAGGAGAGCAAUGAAAGCAAACUUUUUCUCAGGCUGCUUUUAUGCACAAGGAAGGAGGAAGGCAGGCAGCCACUGCUCCAUUUGGUUAUUGCAUUUCCCAGGGUUGUCCACCCAGCCGGGGCCGGACUCCCCAUGCUCCCUGCUGCAGGAUCCCAGCUGGUGUACAUUUGGAGCUUCGGAGAGCACCACGGAGAUCUGUCGGGUCCCAGCAACAUGUGAAUCAAACUCAGCCCCUCCAACCUUGUCAGGUACCUUUUGAAACAGGGCUCCAUGUGUCAGUGUGGAGGGAAAGGGCUGUUACAGAGCUGAGGGGGUUUUGCCAUCAUCCUGUCAAGAAGGUCUGUCUGCUUCUCCCCAGGGUGAGCCUGGCCUCUGCCUUUGAUUGCAAAUGAGGUAAAGGGCCAAGUGUUAACAAAGAAACCUCCCUAGCCCAUAGGUAGGUGCAGCUCCUGGUCCUGGACCACGCUGAUGGUGUAAAAGCUCCUAGAAUCAGGGCAGAGCAGUGUUACAGUGCCCCGGAAAGAAGAAACCCUCCUCCCUCAGGGUGUUCCUAGCAGCCUUGUGCUGCUGGAACCUAGUGGGGCUCCUGGUGGUGGGAGACAGCGAAGGCAGGCAAGGGGGCACCACACUCAUCCUCACAGCCCAGAAAAGGGGAUUGGGAGGAGAAAUACUGCAGUUCCUGGGAUCUGGAGGUGGGAGAGCCUGCGAGCUGCAGCACGAACUCCUCCGAGUCCAGACUAUAAAGCAUUUAACGGGGCUCUCCCAAUUGCCUGGCCUAUUAGUUUUAUGGUGGGGAUACAGCAAAGAUGCAGUUGAUCUCCUUUUGCCAUGGUAAUGAAAAUGUGACCUUAGCAAGGAAAGAAAGCCUGCGCUUUAGUAGUAGUAGUGGGAGCACAGGUUUGGGAGCCGGAGCUCCCCAGCAUCCACCCCCUGCCACUGUGGCAGAGCGGGGAGGCUCCACACGUGGGUGUGCUGGGCAGGGUGAGCCUUGGGGUGCCUGAGCCCCCCCUUGAGCGCUGCCCAAGGCUGGAGCUGGGUGGCUGUGCAGGGGCACAGUGCCACCCAGUGACUGCAGGGGACUGGCGAGGGUGCAGCCAGCCAGGCGGCUGCUGCCAAGGUGCAGAGGCCUGGAAGUCCCAGUGAGGGUGUCCCAAGGUGGUGAAGAAGACGGAGAAACUCAAGCAACCAGCACCGUUGCUGCUUCGUGAUUGACAUGCACCAGGGAUGAAGCUCCCAUGCUGUCACAGCGUGCCUAGAGCGGGGCUUUGCGUGACUGGGCUUGUUCAGGUGCUGACACAGGCUGAGUAUGGAGCAAGAUGGGGCUGAAUGCGCUCAUGUUUUGGGAGGGACCCUGGCAGCAAAGCAAGCGCAGGAGGUUACCCAGGACGAGUAACCUGUAGGGAGGCUGGGUCUUUAUACUGGAAGUGCAAGAGGGCUGCCCAGGCCAUGUAGUCAUCCUGGAUAGACCAGGGUUGCCACCUGUGCUGCCUCUGCCAGGUGAGGCUGGACUGGAAGGGGACCUUUCAUGUCAAGGCAGCUUGGGCAUUGAUGACAGCCCAGCGUGGUGACUUCCUGACUGGUACCCCGAGGUUAAUGUAGGACGUUUCCUCCUUUCUGCCCAGAUCUCGCCUACAGUCCUUGCUGAGUCGAGCCCUAUGUCAGGUUCUCAGGCUGCAGCAAGCAUUGACAGGCAGCAUGGAUGGUGAGGGAAAAGAGUCAGGUACAGUGGGGUGCGGUGUCAGCAGCUCCCGAGGUGGCUCCCUGCACUGCGAAUGCCUACCCAGCAAUGCCCUCACAUGUUUCCAGCAGGGUCUGUCUCCUGGAGGAGGCACAGACUGUGGCUCUAUUUUGGGUGAUGACUAGAGUCCACAGAGAGUUUGGCAGCAGGGAGGGCGUUAAAUCAGCCUGUCCUUCCCCAGGUACACGGUCUCUUCCCUCUGCUCCCCUCCAUUUUCCAUAGCUGAUUCAAUGCUGUGCUGCCACUGGGCUGUGGGGGGUUGCCAUGUGUGACUGAAACCAGGGCACUGCAGCAAGGGAGGCAUAAGCCCUGCAUACCUGAUGGAUGCAAGUCCUACAUCUUCCUGCCCCAUGUACUCUUUUUGUUCCUGGGCUGCUCUCCAAUUCGUCUUUAUUUUUGUCUACUUCAAUUUAGGCCAGUGUUGAUACCACAAACGCUGCUGUGGAGUCUGCUGCACAAACCUUGCUAGAAACCUGGCACCUUGUCCCACCAGCUGGAGAGCUGCUACCAUCCCAUCACCCUGUCCCACCAGCUGGAGAGCUGUUACCAUCCCGUCACCUCCCUCUGCCUCAUCAGACGGUCACUGGUGCUGGGGAAGUUGGGUCACACCCCACAUAGGCAAGGGCUGCUGCUGAGUCCUGGAGGUGACCCGUGUGUUGCUGCUGAGGUUCAUCCUGCAGUUUGGGACGAUUUCAGCCAGGGGGUUCCAGCAGCACAGAUGCCCCGCAUGUGUCAGGCAGACCUGCACUGGCAUAUUCAGCAGAAUCCCAGGACACAGCCAGUUUUAGCCUUUCCAUUUCAGCCUCCCCACAAUGCGUCCCAUGUCCAGGCCAAGGUGCUAUUUCUUGCAGGGAAAUUAUCUUUGUUAAUUUUAGCUCUAAUUCUCCAAAAUGCUGAGUAGCCACUGCUAUUCCAGGUAGUCAGGGUAGCGGGAGGCACUACUGGUGAGGGAUAGGCCUUGCUCUUGCAUUAAGAAGACCAAGGCUGAUGAAUUGCACUUCCUUUGUGCCAUGCAGUGUGCAAGGCUGCAUGCUCAGCGGGAAGCCCACCUAGGGCUGUGUGGGCAGCAGUCAUUGCAGCAGCCUCGCAGCCAGAUCACCGCUGCGAUAACUGCAAAGAGAAAAGCUGUUUCUCUUCAUGGUCAGUGGAUUACUGGUACCACUAGUGACAUGGUGAGGGCACAAAGGAGGCAGUCCAAGGUUACAGAAAUGGGUUCAGCACGCAGAAGUCCCAGUGAGAGGAACCUGACUGACCUCACAGCCUAGGUCAAAUUAAUAAAGUAAUAUAAAAGACAUUUAAAAACCCUGUGAUUAGAGACUGGACACAGAAUCACUGUGGGUACUUCACACUAAUGCAAAAGGGGCAAGUUUGGCAUUUGUAAUGUUAUUUUUUGUUUGUAAGAUAAUGAUGGUGACUGCACUCUGAGGCCUGGCUGGGUUUGUCCUUUCUGUCAGGAGCAUCUUGGGAGGGCUCAUCAACUGACCUGGCUGCUGAGCAGUGGUGGGCUGAGCAGAAGUUGAAUGCCAAGGGUUUCAAACCAGCUCCUGUCCUUCACUUAUGUCGGUUCCCUUUGUCUUUCUGAAAUAGCAGCUCUCCUCCACCUCGCCACUUCCCUGAGUGCUGGGGCAGCCCCCGGGGCAGCUGGAGAACGCAAAGCAGCACAGCCAGCAUUGCCUUUCUGCCCCUCUGCCAUGCAAGUGAGAGCUCUUACUGCCCCAGGGCUGGAGAGGAUCCAUUAGAUAGACAGAUUGGGAAAUACUGUGGAGGGAAGCACAGUGGAGGGGUGCUAACAGUCCAUGGGAUCCACGCUUCCUUUUGUCCUUUAGUGCUUGAUUUCUCGACCAAAUGCCAGAUUGCAAGUGAAGGCUUUUUCAGCGCUGACUUUCAGCUGCCCUUGUUGGACCAGCCAGGACGUAAAAAGCAGGUGCCGGUUCCCUGUGGAUUCCCCAGAUUUAGCUCUGAUCCCUAUUGUCUGGUGCACCAGCAGCAUUAGACGAGUGCAGGGGAAGGUUCUAGUUACAAAAUGCCUGGAAUUAAGGAAGCAGGUGCUGGGAAGGUUAUCUGAGGCGAGUGUUGUGCUAACUCCACCGGCUCUCGCUCCCCUGCCUGCCUCCAGGACAGCAUGGCAGGGUACCUCCUGCAGGUCAUGCGCUGUGUGCCCCAUGAGGGGCUGCUGGGGUCCCCUGGGAGCAGCUGUCACUGCACCGAGCAAGGGGAUUCUGGUGCGAAGCAGGAGCCCUCAAGAAGCAGAGAUAGGUCCAAGUCAGAGGGGUUGGCACUGAAUUCCCAGGCUGCUCCUGUGGCAGCUGGUCCAGCUGGAGCAGCACUGAUUACCUGUGUCAAGAUGUACAUAUACUGGCCCAUGCUAACGAGUUACAGUAAUUGGUGCAACUUUGGCUGAGGGCAAGCUCUCAGGGCUCAGAUUUCAGAGCAUGAGGCUCGCUUUGGGACAGCUCCUUUCCCUGCUGCCUGCCUGUUCCCCUUGGACUCCUGGUCCUGCACAGGACGGCACAGUGCCUGCCAGAGCUUACAGCUUGGGAUAUUAAGGUAACCUGAAAUCAGAGCUGCUUUACCUUACCCCAUGGAGCUGCAUCUAGGGGUUUGGCAGCUGCUGCCACAGCAGCUGACCCACCCUCCAAAACAAGGUGGAGGACACAGUGAGGGACAGAAACCGCUACCACUGCUCCAAGGUAGGCCCUCCCUGCUGGGGAACACAAACCUGGAGAGCUCUACAUGUGCACAAGCCACACGAUUGCAAAUCACACCAAGAAUUACAAGGAAACCCGUUCUUUGGCUGUGGCAACAUUUUAUCGGUGUCCACAGGCACAUUUCUGACUGGCAGAAGCUCCUCCAGGCAACUCAUAGUCGACUCCAAAGGAGCAUUUGUUAUUGCACUGGUUUAGAAACAAAACCUUUUAAUUAAAUGAGGAUGACAAAAGGGGAAAUGUCUAUAGAGGGAGCAGAUGCAGGUAAAGCAGGUGGUGCUUGCUUUGGCUGCAUAAACGGUAAAGCAAGAGCUUCUGAACAUGUAGUGAGAAGCAGCUGCACUACAGGCUGGCACUGCAGCAUCUGCUGAACAGCACAAGGCAAACAACAUUGUUAGAAACGGGAUUAUCCAGCCUGCCGCCAGCAACUUACCUGUUCACGCUUGUAGAUGUGCAAUACUACUGCUUUUCUCUGAACAUGACCUGCCCAGGGUGACCACCUGAUGAUAAGACACUGUGCAGAGUUGGCGGUGAACAUUUAUUAACAUCACAGGGAAUGCUACACAUCAGAAGACAAACACAAGGCUGUGAACACCCCAGACCCCAAGCUGUUUAGACUUCUCCUUCACAGCAGCUGAGUGUCUGAUGUUCCUUCUAUCUCUCCACAUAAGACCAUCUCAAGUUUCAAUACAUCGUUAAGGAUUUAACUGAGCGAUGCCAAACAUUAAAGACCUCCAAGUUCUCAUGAGUGUUGCUCUCAAUCUGGACUGACUGCAGAAAGGCAGAUGACGUCCUGUUUCUGUUGUGCCAAAGCAGGUAUUUAUGAUGUGUUAUGCUGAUGCCUUUCAGCAGCAGCUCACAUGCCAGUCAUUCACUCUCCAAUACUUGCACUGGUCACGCUUUAUUUAUUCAAACCACAGUAUCCUAAAUCCAAACCAUACACAUAAACCAAGUCAAGGUUUCUUAUAGAAGGUGGUCAGGGUUUCUAUGGAGACCCUUCAAAACCUUGGCAAAAGAGCAGCAUUAAGUACAGUGCCAGGAAGAGCACCAAGAUGGCUGUUGGGUGGAGACUGCAAUCAUCUGUAUGACCAGAGAUGCAUCUUCUCCAAGUGACCCUCUGCUGCAUGGCAGUCUGGGCCUAGAAGAGGCAUGAGGAUGGAGCAGAAGUGUAUCACUGAGCCUGGCAACAGCAUUUGCUCCUGCUUAACUCUUCCCUUGAUUCUGCAAAACUGGGGUUGGCACUCUCAAUCACCCACACAACAGGGCAUCAGAGUGACAGAGCGAGGACUGAAAUACUCUAACAGUGUUUAAGACUAAAGACAACAAAUAAUACUGUAAGUUGAGGCAAGUUUUAUUUAGACUGUACAAACAGGGCACUGGGGGAAAAAAAAAGUGGCUUGAUGUUGGGACCAGUUCUAUGAAAUAAGUGGAGUAAGAAAUUAAAAAGGCACUAAUCUUAAGAAAAGACACUCCAUAUAUUCUAAGAAUAUAGUUCAUUUAAUACUGUUAAUCUUGUAGCACAAAAAAUAAACCAAGCUAUGAUCCCCAAAAUAAACUUUAAAAGCUUACACUUUAAUAUUAUUGCCUGAAGAUCAUGGUCUUUAAUUUACAUUUUGUGUUUGGAAGUUUACACAGUGAAGACUGUCUCAAAUACAAGGCCACCUUUCCCACUGAAGUAACUGUAUCCUUGUCCCAAACCACUUCCAUUUCCCACAACCACCAGGAGCUCACAGCUCUACAAGGACACUCAUGGGUCCCCAAGGCAGUCUGUUAGGCAGGUCUCACUUUCCAACGCAGGGAUUGAGGAAAACGCUUGAAAACUUGACUAGAAAACAAAGGCAGCCCACUCGUUCCCAGGAUGUGAAUACAAUAUAAAAAGUACUUUACAGGCACAUGAAAUGGCACAAAGAAUGCUGUUUUUUCCCUUUACAAAAAUAAUGUUCAGGCUCUUCAGAGCCCCAGCCCAAACAAGAUAUUCCCUUUUGUUUAUUUAUUCCUUCCCAAUUUGUAAACAAUCAUGAAUUAAAUUAGCGCUUAUCCAGUGAUGGCCACUGAUUAAAACAGUUUUCAUGUCAACUUUUAGACUGGUCAGAGGCUUCCAUGUCUAUAUACACAUGUACACAACAGGAGUCCAACAGAAGCCUCUCACGAUAGUUAACUACUGUGGCACCGGGGCGCUGAACCAGCUCUCAGUUAAGAAGCAGGAACAGCUGUAAUGGUGCAUAGAUUGAAGCCAUUGCUUGUGGCUCUCAUGCUUCACCUGAAGGAUACCUGACACGCCCGAGGAACAGUUACACUGACAGGUUAUCACUCAAGUUUAGGAGGCUUCAUAAAGCAACAAACAGCACACGUGUAAGCAAGCAAGGAGCAAUUGAGAAUCCAGAGUCCUUCAGAGAGAAACACAAAACUGAUCAAAUGCAGCCUUUAUAAGAAAGUACUUGUCUCCUAGUAAAAUAGCAAAGACA